CUCCUCCCUUUUAUCUCUCUCCCCACCUCCCCACGUUUCGCCCCCAUUUCCAAGCCCACCGAAUUGCUCGCUCGCUCGCGAUUCCUCUCCCCUCGCCUCCGACUCCUCCCCAUCCUAGGGGAUCGCCGGAGAGGAAUCGCGACGAGGGCUUUCUUGUACCAGUAAACCAAGCCAUGGAGCACAAGGAGACCGGCUGCCAGUCCCGGGAGGGCCCCAUCCUCUGCGUCAAUAACUGCGGCUUCUUCGGCAGCGCCGCGACCAUGAACAUGUGCUCCAAGUGCCACAAGGAGAUGACGCUCAAGGAGGAGCAGGCCAAGCUGGCCGCCUCCUCUUUCGACAGCAUCGUCAACGGAGCCGAUGCCACGAAAGAACAUCUUCUUGCUGCCAACACGUCGGCGGUAGCCGUUGCUCAUGUCGAUCUGAAGACGACAGUCAUUGCGCAGCCUGCCGUUGUUGCUGGUCCCAGCGAGCCAGCCCCCAAAGGCCCAAGCCGUUGCAGCACCUGUAGAAAGAGGGUCGGCCUCACCGGAUUCAACUGCCGAUGCGGGAACCUGUACUGCGCGAUGCACCGCUACUCCGACAAGCACGAGUGCAAGUUCGACUACCGGGCGGCGGCCAUGGACGCCAUCGCAAAGGCCAACCCGGUGGUGAAGGCCGAGAAGCUCGACAAGAUCUAGGUGUGUCUGAAAAGCUCCACGAAACGAAGGUCCCAAUCUGUGCUACCUCAUCAUCGUACGUGCGUCUUUGCUGCAUUAUCCUUUCAUGUUACAAUCUAGUUGUUGGGCAUCCUGAUGCAUGGCACGCCUCGGCAAGCUUCAAGGGUUCUCUCACUCUCUGGCCAGUACGAACGGUCUCCAUGUUGGCUAUGUUGUGUAAGCUUUUAUUCUAUGGUCGUCUUUGCGAGGCGGCGGACUGUAUCGUGGCUUUGCAUUUAGCUAGCAUCCUGUAAUGUACUGUAUCGUGUCCUGCUGUCUUACGGUUGUAACCGGUAAUAGUAAAACCAGUAAUCGUCGA